AUGUACGACAGGCGACGGGACAACCGCCAGCUCAAGAUCCGAGUACUCCAGGCUGAAGUGGUGGAGACUCUCCUGUAUGGGUGCGCCUCGUGGAGCCUAACAGCGGAGCACUACACGAAGCUCAAUGGGACCCACCGCCAGUUACUUACACGGUGCAUCGGCUGGAGCAAGCGGAAACGCUCAGACCGCCCCCUGUCCUAUGCCCAGGCCCUCAUCCAGGCAGGCUGCGAGGAAACCGUCAAGGCCACCGUGCGCAAACGGAGACUGUGUUUGGCGGGCUUUGUUAUGCGCAUGGAGGAGAGCCGCCUCCCCAAGGGCAUGCUGUUAGGAGCGAUGGCGGGGGGCGUGGAAUACCGGGGCGGGCAGGAGAGCGACUGGGUGUCUCGUCUAGGAGAGGACCUCGUGGCCUUCAACAUGGGAGACGAAAAGGAAGGGGGUAAAUGGAAAGAGAGCGCCAAGGACCCGGAGAUGUGGUACAACAAGGUCGAGGACGGGGCGGCAUGGUUCAUGAGGAAAUGGCACAGGCAGGAGGCGGAAGCGUCCGCGAAGCGCCAGCGCGCGAGGGAAGCAGAAGCAGAGAGUACG